CGCCCGUGAAGGAUAUACGCAUGCCUAGGCGGCGGCGGCGGGGUUACCCUGGGACACUCCUUUCCACUCCCCCUGCCUCGGAGGCCCUCGGCUGUUUCCGUGUCUUUCCGGAACAACCUCCCCCCCCCCCCCCGCCCCCGCGUUAACCCGCUUGUCUCCUGGGCGGUUGCGGUCUGUUCGGCGAGGCAGCCGCUGGCCGUUGUGGGCGGAAGAUGGCGGUCGGGACGGGGAGGCGGGAGCGGCGCAGGGGAGCGGAGCGGCGGGAGCUGUUAUGCAAACAAGGCUAGAGGCGGACAGACGCGGAGUCAGACAGGCGGAGGCAGCCCGGCCGCCGCUGCCGCUCCCCUUCUCCCCCGCCCCCGCCCCCCGCUCUGGGGAUGGACCUUAGGGCUGCGCCUCGCCGCGGGCAGCGCGGGGCUGGCAGCGACCCGUCCCUGUGAGCGGCCCCCCCCGGCAGCAGCGGCGCGGAGGGAGCUGGGCGCCGCCGGGGAAGAUGUCGGAGAUCAAGGUGAAGGUGGCCGUCAGGGUCCGGCCCAUGAAUCGCAGAGAGCUGGAGUUGAACACCAAAUGUAUUGUGGAGAUGCAAGGGAAUCAGACUGUGCUGCACCCUCCCCCUUCAAACAUCAAACAGGGAGAUAACAGAAAACCACCAAAGGUGUUUGCCUUUGAUUACUGCUUCUGGUCCAUGGAUGAAUCAAACACCACAAAAUAUGCAGGUCAAGAAAUGGUGUUUAAGUGCCUUGGAGAAGGAAUUCUUGAAAAGGCCUUUCAGGGAUAUAAUGCUUGUAUUUUUGCCUAUGGACAGACAGGUUCAGGAAAAUCCUUCUCAAUGAUGGGCAAUGCAGAGCAGCUCGGCCUGAUCCCACGGCUCUGCUGUGCUUUAUUUCAGAGAAUCUCUGUAGAAGAAAAUGAAUCUCAGACCUUUAAAGUGGAAGUGUCCUAUAUGGAAAUCUAUAAUGAGAAGGUCAGAGAUCUGUUAGAUCCUAAAGGGAGCCGGCAGUCCCUUAAGGUUCGAGAGCACAAAGUAUUGGGGCCAUAUGUAGAUGGCUUGUCUCAGCUGGCUGUUACUAACUUUGAGGAUAUUGAGUCCCUGAUGUCGGAGGGAAACAAAUCUCGAACGGUUGCUGCAACCAACAUGAAUGAGGAAAGCAGCCGCUCUCAUGCUGUAUUCAAUAUUGUAGUAACUCAGACACUUUAUGACCUGCAGUCUGGUAAUUCUGGAGAGAAGGUCAGUAAGGUCAGCCUGGUGGAUUUGGCUGGUAGUGAGAGAGUGUCUAAAACAGGAGCUGCAGGAGAACGUCUGAAAGAAGGCAGCAACAUAAACAAGUCACUCUCAACACUGGGGUUGGUUAUAUCAUCACUUGCUGACCAAGCAGCAGGAAAGGGGAAAAACAAGUUUGUGCCUUAUAGAGAUUCUGUGCUCACUUGGCUUCUCAAGGACAACUUGGGAGGAAACAGCCAAACUGCCAUGAUAGCCACAAUUAGCCCAUCAGCUGACAAUUAUGAAGAAACGCUCUCUACGCUGAGAUAUGCAGACAGAGCCAAAAGGAUAGUUAAUCAUGCUGUGGUAAAUGAAGAUCCAAAUGCCAGGGUCAUUCGAGAACUACGUGAAGAAGUGGAAAAAUUGAAAGAACAGCUCUCACAAGCUGAGGCCUUGAAAGCACCAGAGCUGAAGGAAAAAUUGGAAGAAUCUGAAAAACUGAUAAAAGAACUUACAGUCACCUGGGAGGAAAAGCUAAGGAAAACAGAAGAAAUUGCACAGGAGAGGCAAAGGCAACUAGAAAGCAUGGGAAUUUCCCUAGAGUCCUCUGGUAUCAAGGUUGGGGAUGACAAGUGUUACCUGGUUAAUCUGAAUGCAGACCCUGCACUCAAUGAGCUUUUGGUUUAUUAUUUAAAGGAUCACACUAGGGUUGGUGCAGAUACCUCUCAGGACAUACAGCUCUUUGGUAUAGGGAUCCAACCAGAGCACUGUGAGAUUGACAUUGCAUUAGAUGGGGAAGUUUCUCUCGCACCAAAAGAAAAUGCAAGAUCCUGUGUAAAUGGCACACUGGUAUGUACUACCACUCAGCUGUGGCAUGGAGAUAGAAUCCUAUGGGGAAACAACCACUUUUUUAGAAUCAAUCUGCCAAAGAGGAAGCGACGAGAUUGGUUGAAAGACUUUGAAAAAGAAACCAUGUUAGCGGAACAUGAUUUGGAUGCAACUAGUGAAGCUUCUUCAGAACCAGAUUACAACUAUGAAUUUGCACAAAUGGAAGUUAUAAUGAAAACUCUGAAUAGUAAUGACCCAGUCCAAAAUGUGGUGCAGGUUUUGGAGAAGCAGUACUUGGAAGAGAAGCAGAGUGCUCUUGAGGAGCAGAGGAUGAUGUAUGAGCGUGAGCUCGAGCAACUCAGGCAGCAGCUUUCUCCAGAAAGGCAGCAUCAGCACGGCAGUGACAGGCUCUCAUACAUAGCUCAGACUGCCCAGCAAAAAGUAAACAUCUGGACAGAAGAGAGGGAUGAAUUGUUCCGGCAGAGCCUGGCUAAACUUAGAGAGCAAAUAGUAAAGGCCAACACACUGGUGAGAGAAGCAAACUUCUUAGCAGAAGAAAUGAACAAGCUAACUGAUUAUCAAGUGACACUUCAGAUCCCUGCUGCAAACCUCAGUGCCAACAGAAAGAGGGGGGCAAUAGUAAGUGAGCCAGCUAUUCAAGUAAGAAGAAAAGGAAAAGGUACUCAAGUGUGGACUAUUGAGAAACUGGAGAACAAAUUGAUUGACAUGAGAGACCUAUAUCAAGAAUUGAAGGAGAACGUUCCUGAGAUAAGGAAGCCCAUUGGUAAAAAAGGUGACCCUUUCUAUGAAGCACAAGAGAACCAUAUCUUAAUUGGAGUAGCAAAUGUCUUUUUGGAGUGCCUUUUCUAUGAUGUUAAACUUCAAUAUGCGGUGCCGAUCAUCAGCCAGCAGGGGGAGGUUGCAGGACGGCUGCAUGUUGAAGUGAUGCGAGUCACUGGUGUUGUUCCAGAACGUGUACCAGAAGGGGAUGACUCUUCUGAGAACUCCAGUGAGAGCGGAAGCCUGGAAAUCAUGGACAGCAAUGGAGAAAUUAUUCACAGAGCAAAAAAGCUCACCUGCAGGGUAAAAAUAAAAGAAGCAACUGGACUACCACUGAAUCUGUCUAACUUUGUCUUCUGUCAAUACGCAUUCUGGGAUCAGGAUGAGUCAACAGUAGCAGCCCCAGUGGUCGAUCCUGAUGUGCCAUCACCUCAGAGCAAGGAAGUUCAGUUUACAGUGACCUUCUCUCACUGUAAGGACUAUGUGGUAAAUGUCACAGAGGAAUUUCUGGAGUUCAUUUCAGAAGGAGCUCUUGCUAUUGAGGUGUGGGGGCACAGAUGUACUGGCAAUGGCAGCUCUGUUUGGGAGGUUGAUUCUCUUCAUGCUAAAACUAGGACACUGAGAGAUAGGUGGAGUGAAGUAACUCGCAGAAUAGAAAUGUGGAUUUCCAUACAAGAACUAAAUGAGAUGGGGGAAUAUACAGCAGUUGAACUCCAUCAGGCAAAGGAUGUAAACACUGGUGGGAUUUUCCAACUUAGGCAGGGUCAUUCUCGAAGAGUUGAGGUGACAGUGAAGCCUGUACAGCAUUCGGGAACACUUCCCCUCAUGGUAGAAGCCAUUCUUUCUGUCUCUAUAGGCUGUGUGACUGCCAGAUCAACCAAACUACAGAGGGGGUUGGACAGCUACCAGAGAGAUGAUGUUGAUGGUGGUGAUAUGGAUAGUUAUCAGGAAGAAGAUUUAAACUGUGUGCGAGAAAGGUGGUCUGAUGCGCUCAUAAAACGCAGGGAGUACUUAGAUGAACAGAUUAAAAAAAUCAGCAAUAAGCAAGAGAAAACAGAGGAUGAAAUAGAACGGGAAGCACGGCUUCUAGAACAGUGGAUGGGACUAACAGAAGAGAGGAAUGCAGUGCUUGUCCCAGCCCCAGGCAGUGGCAUCCCAGGUGCUCCUGCAGAUUGGACCCCACCUUCAGGAAUGGAAACACACAUACCUGUCCUUUUUCUUGAUUUGAAUGCUGAUGACCUCAGUGCCAAUGAACAGCUUGUAGGUCCCCAUGCAUCAGGAGUUAACUCAAUACUGCCAAAGGAGCAUGGGAGUCAGUUCUUUUAUCUGCUCAUCAUAAAACACAGUGAUGAUGAGGUUUCAGCCACUGCUGCUUGGGACUCUUCUGUCCAUGAUUCAGUGCAUUUGAACAGGGUAACACCACAAAACGAAAGGAUUUACUUAAUAGUGAAGAUCACUGUGCAACUUAGUCAUCCUGCUGCUAUGGAAUUAGUACUGCGUAAAAGGAUUGCAGCCAAUAUUUAUAACAAGCAGAGUUUUACCCAGAGUCUGAAAAGGAGAAUAUCCUUGAAAAAUAUAUUUUAUUCCUGUGGUGUGACCUAUGAGAUAGUAUCCAAUAUACCAAAGGCUACAGAAGAAAUUGAGGAUCGUGAGACUCUGGCCCUGAUGGCAGCAAGAACUGAAAAUGAGGGUACAUCUGAUGGUGAAACUUAUAUAGAGAAAUAUACACGUGGCGUAUUGCAGGUGGAGAACAUUCUAAGUCUUGAGCGACUAAGGCAGGCAGUCACAGUGAAAGAAGCACUUUCUACUAAGGCAAGACACAUACGGAGGAGCAUCAGCACACCAAAUGUCCACAAUGUAUCCUCUAGCCGAUUAGAUCUUUUUGGCUGUGAUGAAGAUGAUAAGGGUUGGUCAGAAAGCCACCUCGAUAUAUCCGACUGUUCUUCCAGUUAUCAAGAUGUAUCAUGUUACGGUACUUUACCGAGAGAUUCCCCUCGCAGAAAUAAAGAUGCUGGUGGUUGUAUAUCGGAGAAUCCACAUGCCUUAAUGGCCAGCCCUUUUAAAGCAUUUUCUCCUCAGCCUCCAAAGUUUUUCAAACCCUUAAUGCCCGUAAAAGAGGAGCAUAAAAGAAAGAUCCCUCUCGAAACUCGACCUCUGCUUAGCCAAGAGAGCAUGCCUUCACCUCAGGUACAUAACGCUGGCUGUGUUGUGCCUUCAGGAAGUAAUGCCAGCAGCAUGCCAGUAGAAAACAAUAGCAUACAUGAAGAGAAGAUUGACUCUGAUGAAGAGGACAGUGAGUUGGAGGGCAUUAAUAAGAAGCUGAUAAGUUCACAGGGUUUUCAUAAUUUUCGGCCUUACGUACCUGAGGAGUUUGCUGACUUCAGUGUUUACAAUGCUAGCCUGGAGAACAGAGAAUGGUUUUCCACUAAAACAGACUUCAUGAAUUCUCGUGUCCUUGAGAAAGAGGUAUCCCGCAGCCCCACCACUAGCAGUAUUACUAGUGGCUACUUUUCACACAGUGCCUCUAAUGCUACACUGUCUGACAUGCUUGUUCCCUGUAGUGAUAGCACAGACCAGCUAGCCAAUCAGAUUAAGGAUUUGGACUCCAGUGAUCAUUCAGGACCAUGUCUUGCAUAUGAUUUGAGAUCUUUGAACAGGGAAUUUCCAGAAAGGAGCUUAGCUAGAGAUAAGAUACAUGUGUUACCACUCAAAGAAAACAGUGCCUUAGCAAAAGAGAUUCCAUCAUCCCUAAAUACCACUUGCAAAAACUCUGAGAUGUUACAUAGAGCUGGCUCUUGUUCAGGUUUAGAUUCUUCAACUAGCAAAAACAUGCAAGACAAAAUUGAGUUUUCAUCCCAGGAAGCAACAAUUGAGCACACUUCAGAUGUUGUCGAAGAUCAUUCAUUUACAGAGUUCAUGGGUGUUGAAGAUGGAAAGGACUUUGACCAGUCAAUAGAUCCAAAGUUAUGUUCCGCUGGUUCCUCUAAUAAAAGGAAAGAAAUACUAACUGCUGGGGUGGACAGUGCCUCGGAUUUAUCACAAAACACUUACAAAGAGGGCAUUCGCUUAGGCCAGCUGGAAUCUGUGGCUGUGGGUUACCAGCUGUCAAACGCCAUUGAAAACCCUCUGUUUUCUGUAUUAGUAAAAGAGACUUCAUACUGUCAGACAUAUCCUGAUUCUUCCCUUAAUGAUUUUAUUACAAAGAACCAUUUAGAUGUUUCUGACUCUGAAGAUGGUGCUUCUGCAGACCAAGCCCACACUUUGCCUAGCUGGGUGGCUGUGGGAGAACAAGUAUGUUUAGGAAGUAAUAAGACAGGCACAGUGAGAUACAUUGGACCAGUGGAUUUUUCAGCUGGAAUCUGGGUUGGAGUUGAACUAAGCGUUCAGUUGGGGAAACAUGAUGGAACUGUAAAAGGUAGAGAGUACUUUCACUGCAAGCCACGACAUGGUUUGUUUGUUCGUCCCGGGCGGCUCAGUAAAUCACCAGUUUCAACAAAGAGGUGCAGUAGCACUUCACAAUCUCAGGCAUCCUCAAGUUUAGAGAAGCGAAAAAGUUCUGUACUUCAGGGGUCAUCAUCCUCUUCUAAAGCAGGAGAAGCACCCCUCUGUCAAUCAGGAGAUGCAGCGGCUUCUGCUUUUUCUAGGAAACAAGAGAACAGGAAGUCUUGGAUUAAAUAAGCCGUAGUAUUUUUGCACUUGCUACACACAUCAAAGUGUAGAAACCUUUAUGGAUUUUAAAAGUCGUUGUACAGUUUUCAUCUGUCCAUACUGAAUGUGCACUCUGUAGAGUCAUGGACUUAAUUCUCUAUUUUUUUUAUAAAUAAUAUAUAUAUAUAUAUUACAUAUAUAUAUAUAUAUUACAUAUAUAUAUUAAUGUGUAUCUAUAGUUAGUCUGCCAAUAGGCAGAUAUGGCUGCACACUAAAAUACAAUUAAAGCUGUUUUGUAGAUACGUAUGAGGUACUGGACUAUUUGUUACACAGCAACUUGGGAGAUGUAUUUUAAACAAAAACAACAAAAAUUUAUUUUGGGGAAAAGGAUGUAAAACCACAUUUGAAAGAGCUACGCUAUGCUGUUCUUAAUUACCAAAGACCUUGUAUUAGACUGACACAUUUGCUGUUUAUAUCUUGUUUUUAUUGUAAACGUUUGUUUUAACUAUUAGCUUGGUGCCAUGUUUCUUUUAUCACUGGGCACCAUGCUGCCUUAUGUCUUGUGUUUAAGUACACUGAAAUAUCUGACUGCUUCGUAUAUAUUUUUGUCUUCCUAGAGGCCUGCCACUGUGGUGAUUUGGCAUUGUAUUGAAAAUACUAUCAAUGUCAAGCCUGUAUGUUUGGAAUUUCAUAUGCUAACCCAAGCCAGUCAGUUUGAUUGCAGAAACAGUAUUACUGCAAGGAAGUGAGGACAACAUUUCUUUUAAAAAUGGCUUUUAGGCAAAUGGGGAAACAAAGCAGCAGUAAUGGAUCACGACUGCAAACCUUGCACUGUUAUUUUUGCUGGUUAUGAUCAAGCUAAAAUGGAACAUUCUAAAAUAAUUGUAAUCUGUAAAGUCUAUUUUAAUAAUGGAAAUGAUGGAGGGAUUUAUGUACAGUGCUUGUGCAUUCUUGAGAAAGCUGUUCCACAUGUAGAUAUUGUAGAUGCCUGUACAAUGUCCUGGAUAUUUGUAAAGUAACAAGUGGUAAAAAUGAGUGAAAUGAAUGGCCUGCUGUACCUCUUUUUCUUUAUUUCUUAGCCAAGUGAAUGAGUGAGAUACCUGGGACCUUACUGAAAAGCUGCUGCUGUUCCUUUGAUUUUGUGUAUAUUAAGCUGACUCUAGUGUUUUACUAUUUACUGUAAAGAACUGUAAUUUAUAUUCUAUUUCUGCCAACUUACUGUAUUUAAUUGGUACAGAUCUUUUGUGUUUUAGAAUACAGACUGUUUGUUUCAGAUUUUAAAAAAGAUUGUUUUGCUUGUAUUUGACUUCAAUACUGUAUUUAAGGAUUCAUUAUCAAAAAUUAGGUUUAACGAGUUUGCUAGUUCACAGCUUUGGUGCUCCAGUGGAUAUACUGUAUGCACCUCCUUGAGAGAUAUACAUGCUAAAAAGAGACUAUACCUUUUAGGAGUGGAAGAGUGAACAGUAUUAAUCACUGAUACCUUUGACUGGCUCGUGUAAUAUAGGGUUUCAGUAAUGACAGAAUAUAAUGCAUCUGGCUAUGUCCAAAUGUAUGAUUUGCUUUUUGGAAAAGAACAUACAUAGAGCAACGGUUCACAGUAUCGAUGUCCACCCAGAACUGAUCAAGCUGUAUCAGUGGAAGAAAUGAUCAUGAGAAUUGUAACUGAAGGAUUCCUUUGUGAAAAAGUAUUUUAUCAAGGAUAAUAAGUGAUCCUAGAACAUAUCCAAAUGUUUAUAUCAAAACAGUAUUUUAAAUCUAAAUUAAGGAUAUAAAUUAACAAAACUUUUUAAAAAAAAUUCUAAAAAUGCUAUAGUAUUUGCCCCAAACAGCUAUUUUGGAUCAUUUGAAGACUAACAUGGACAUUAUUUUAUGGUAAAAAUACAAUGUUAUUUUGGUUUACGAUGGUUGUUUAUAACACACACACUUGUAUUUAUUCUAGGCUUUCAUGAAUACAAAAUGUGCUUUUACUUCAGAUAUUUUGGGGAUAGGUUUGCUUGUGAUAAUAUACAGCCUGUAAAGAUAUUGCACAAAAAUAACAAACCAGUCAACCCUAUCUGAAUGCUCUACACCCAUUCAAGAGCUAUUUAUACAAUGGUGGUCAUGCCAAUAUU